CCCCAAAUGAAACUACGUCCCUCUUAUCCUAACGCUCCCUCUCAAGCCUCCGUUAUCUCCACCCUCACCAUGUUCCUCACUUCCCCCCUCCUCAACCUAUCCUCCCUCAAGCCCCAUCCCUCCCCCUUUGUCAACGCCGCCUCCUCAAUUUCCCAAAAUGCCCUUCUCCCCAAACCUCCCACUCUCUCCUCAACCUCCGCUUUUCCUCCCUCAACCCUCCUAAUCCAAGCCAUGAAAAAGCUCCAAGGCCGCGUCGUCAAGAACGCCAACGACAAGACCGUGGCCGUCGAGGUCGUCCGCUUGGCCCCACACCCCAAAUACAAGCGCAGGGUCAGGAUCAAGAAGAGGUACCAAGCUCACGACCCAGAGAACAAGUUCAAUGUUGGGGACUACGUGCAGCUUGAAAAAAUUAGGCCUAUUAGCAAGACUAAGACUUUUCUCGCGAUCCCGGUGAUCGCGAGGAAUGCCCCGAAGGCGCCUGAGGCUGUGCCGGCGGAGCUCAGGGAGAUGCCGACGCAGACUGAGGCUGUUUGAUUUGUGUUCCGAUGGGUAAUUGGAAUUUGUGUUUCAUAGUUUUGUUUUGGAUACAUUAUCGUGGAAUCUGGGUAAUUGGAUUGAUGGGUAUCUUUCAAAAUUGCAUCUCGAUGUGUCUAUUUUGUGUAAACUUUAUUAUUGUCUUCUACUGCUUUAUGGUUUGUAGGUAAGGUGUUUGAUACAUUGUGCGAAUGAAAUGCUGUGGAAUUUGGUUAAUUGGAAA